AUGCCUCCAGGCGCGCUUCCCGGGGGUCUCUUCCACAGAGCCCACCAGACUCCGGCUCCAACCCGUCAGCGCCAAGAGAGUGAUUCGACCACGGCGGUCAUCGACCUCUCUUCCCUCGAGGGUCCCCCUUUUGAGAAUCUCAGAGCGAGAGGCUCCAUGGAUGGGGCAAAUACUCGCCACUUGAACGCACCGCAGCCCACCGGGCAAUAUCCUGGUUAUCACGCCCUUUAUAACAAGCCAUUGCCCCCAAGGCCCGCAUCGGCCGAGCCGGCGAGCGCACGGCGACUAUCGCCAGCACACGCCCAUCCUCGUAUGUGCGGGAACGAAGUCGAAUCCUUACCGAGGAAUACACAUCUCCCAUGCGCGUCCGCCCAUCGAAACCGGCCAGGUGCGGUUGCUGCGAUGCGUCCCCAUCGCAACAUCACUAGCCCCGAUCUGGGUCCAUCCGCACAGGUUGCGUCGCCUUUGACCACUCGACCUUCCCAUGCGAGAGGGUUGGAAAUGAUGCGAUCGCAAAGCACGCCGCUUGUCUGGCAGAACACAGAGCAGGUCCGGAUGAACCGGGAGAGUUCAUCCACGCGAAGCUCGUUGGCGCGGUUGACUCGACCGCCGCAACUGGAGAUAUACAUGAGUGAUUCCGAGGGAGACCACUCAUCGACUUUCAACGAGGACGGUGAACAUGAUUUGAUCUCUCCGCCGCCACCGUAUGAUAGUCAUGAUUUUGAUCGGGAUCGCUGGGAUCAGGCCCGGUUUGGUGCGCGGGUGCCCUGGGAUGCGGAUGUGCGGUGGCAGCAUGAGUCUCGACGAUAUUGA